AUGCAAAUCAGCCGCACGUGUAAGCCUCCUGAGCGGCUCGGCAACCCGCUCGUUACCAUGAACCCCCAGGAGUGGAGCGCCCAGCUGGGCCGGGCCGCCGUCCAUCUGAAGCGGGCUGACCGGAAGGGCCGUCCCUUUCCCCUGGCCUGCUGUCUGUCACGCGAAUGGGAGAGGUCCCUGUGUUACACCCACCGUGCCCCAGCCACUCGCUCGGGUUCCCUGCCCAGCCUCGGGCCCGUCUCCCCGCUGGCCUGUUCCGGGACACACAGGGCGGUGGAAAGACACUCCCACGUCUGCAUGAAAGAGCGUGUUUGGAUAGUGGGGGCAGAAGCUCCGUCCGGCCCGAACGUGGUGACUGUCUCCAGCUGGAACGUUUCCAGUGAUGCACAGAAAGACCACUUCCUUAGGCUAGACGCUCCCAUGAACAACAUCACCACCUCCCUUGGCCAGACGGCCGAGCUGCACUGUCACGUUUCGGGGAACCCCCCGCCAGCCGUGCGCUGGCUGAAGAACGACGCCCCUGUAGCACCCGAGGCCCGCCGUAUCUCCUACAGGCAGACGCCCUAUGGCUCACGGCUCCGCAUCCGCAACUUGGACACCACGGACACCGGCUACUUCCAGUGUGUGGCCUCCAACAGCUACGGAACCGUCUCCACCACUGGAAUCCUCUUUGUGAAGUUUGAUCCGCUGCCAACACGCCAGCCCGGAAGGCCUUCGCCGGAGGACUUUGAUGAGGAAGGCUUCUGCCAGCCCUACAGAGGAAUAGCAUGCGCUCGCUUUAUCGGCAACCGGAGCAUCUUUGUAGACUCGCUGCAGAUGCAGGGGGAGAUCGAAACUCAGAUAACCGCUGCAUUUACCAUGAUUGGCACCUCCAACCACCUAUCAGAUCGCUGCUCUCAGUUCGCCAUCCCCUCCCUCUGUCACUUCGCCUUCCCUACGUGCGACAGGAGCUCCGGGAUCGAUAAGCCGCGGGACCUGUGCAAGGACGAAUGCGAGAUCCUGGAGAACGACCUGUGCAAGACCGAGUACAUCAUCGCCCGCUCCAACCCCCUCAUCCUCAAGCGGCUCAAGCUCCCCAACUGCGAGGACCUGGCUGCCUCAGACAGCCCCGAGGCUGUCAACUGCAUGAGGAUAGGCAUCCCCAUGGCUGAGCCCAUCAACAAGAAUCACAAGUGCUUCAACGGCAGUGGCGCCGACUACCGCGGAACGGCCAGCGUGACUAAGUCGGGUCGCCAGUGCCAGCCCUGGAACUCGCAGUACCCGCACAGCCACAGCUACCUCGCCGUCCGCUACCCCGAGCUCAACGGCGGCCACUCCUACUGCCGUAACCCCGGCAACAAGCAGGAGGCGCCCUGGUGCUUCACCCUGGACGAGCGCGUGCGCAUGGAGCUCUGCGACAUCCCUCCAUGCGACUUGAAGGAGAACCACGGAGGCAGCAGUAUGGAGAUCCUCUACAUCCUGGUCCCGAGCGUGGCCAUCCCCCUGGCCAUUGCUUUGCUCUUCUUCUUCAUCUGCGUCUGCCGCAACAACCAGAAGGCGCAACGGCCGCCCGCCCAACGCCAGCCCAAGCCCGUGCGUGGACAGAAUGUGGAGAUGUCCAUGCUCCCCGCCUACAAGCCGAAGAGCAAGGCCAAAGAGCUGCCUCUGUCAGCGGUGCGCUUCAUGGAGGAGCUGGGCGAGUGUGCCUUCGGAAAGAUCUACAAGGGCCACCUGUACCUGCCGGGCAUGGAGCAUGCCCAACUGGUGGCCAUCAAGACUCUGAAGGACUUCUCCAGCCCCCAGCAGUGGGGCGAAUUCCAGCAGGAGGUGUCGGUGCUGGCUGAACUACACCACCCUAACGUGGUGUGCCUUCUGGGCGUGGUGACCCAGGAGCAGCCCGUGUGCAUGCUCUUCGAGUUCCUGGCCCUGGGGGACCUCCACGAGUUCCUCAUCAUGCGCUCCCCGCACUCGGAUGUGGGCUGCAGCAGCGACGAGGAUGGCACGGUCAAAUCCAGCCUGGACCACGGAGACUUCCUGCACCUGGCCACGCAGGUGGCGGCCGGGAUGGAGUACCUGGCCAGCCACUUCUUUGUCCACAAGGACCUGGCAGCAAGGAACAUACUGGUAGGAGAGCAGCUGCACGUUAAGAUUUCCGAUCUGGGGCUGUCGAGGGAGAUCUACGCGUCCGACUACUACCGCGUGCAGCCCAAAAUGCUGCUCCCUAUUCGCUGGAUGCCACCGGAAGCCAUCACCUAUGGGAAGUUCACCACAGACUCGGACAUCUGGGCGUUCGGGGUGGUGCUGUGGGAGAUCUUCAGCUUCGGCCUGCAGCCCUUCUAUGGCUUCAGCAACCAGGAGGUGAUGGAGAUGGUACGGAAGCGACAGCUGCUGCCCUGUCCGGAGGACUGCCCGCCACGCAUGUACGCGCUCAUGACUGAGUGCUGGCUGGAGGGUCCUGCCCGGAGGCCCCGCUUCAAGGACCUCCACGGCCGCCUCCGGGCCUGGGAGGGCCUGUCCUCCCAUGCCAGCUCCAGCACGCCGUCUGGCGGCAACGCCACCACCCAGACAACCUCGCUCAGCGCCAGCCCCGUCAGCAACCUCAGCAGCCCCCGCUACGCGGGCUACAUCUACGGCGCCCCCCAGGGGCUGCCGCCGGGCCAGCUCGCAGGCUUCGUGGCGGCGCCCAUGCCGCAGAACCAGCGCUUCAUCCCCGUCAACGGCUACGCCAUCCCGCCGGGCUACGCCGCCUUCCCCGCUGCCCACUUCGCCCCGGCCCAGGCGCCCGCACGGGUGGUGCAGCACUGCCCUCCGCCCAAGAGCCGCUCCCCCAGUAGCGCCAGCGGUUCCACCAGCACGGGCCACGUGACCAGCGUGCCCUCCACAGGCUCUAACCACGACGCCAACACGCCGCUGCUGUCGCACUGCGUUGCCAUCACAGCCAUGCCUGCUGUGCCAGGCGGUGCCGUGCCCGUGUUCGGACACAUGGCCCAGAAAAGCCUGCAGCUGGACCCUUCUCAGACAGCCCUGCUCGCUGACACCAACAGACUCAUGUACAGCGAAUCCGUCAUCACUGCCGACUUGUAAAUACAUCGUUUUCUUUUUGUAAAUGACUAUAAUUAUUGAUAUUUUAAAGCAUCGUCCUUCCACUCUGUAAAUACAAAUUAGCCUGAAUGGGAAUGUAAAGAUUUAUCUGAUGUGUUUUUAUAUGAAAAGUGUAAGAAAAGAUCAAAGGAAACCUUCUUUUUAGACGAUGUCUGUAUGAUACCUGAUGAUCUCUGGGAAUCUUUGGUUUUCUGCAGUCCUGUUUCCUAUCUGCGGGUUUGAAUGAAAUGACUUUUGGGUUUUUUUUGCACGUCAUCAGGUGCAUCACAGCCGUGAAAUUAACGUCUAGUCGUACCAUUUCCUCAGCAUCUGCCUCGAGGACCUUUCGAAUGGACUGUCAGUCAGCAUCAAUGGACGACCGAAUGGAAAGUCCGCGUUCUUCUGUGUUCACUUCUUGUCAGUGCGAGGACCAGCCUGUCCCUAAAGCUUGCCAUCAAGUUUCUUAGUUUGGUUCAGCAACUGUAAUUGUCUCGCAUAGCUGGUAGGUCGAACGCUGAUUUACUGGCUUAUAGUUUCAUGUUGGUUUUCGACCAAGAUUCCACUAACCCUAGAGGAUCCAGGUAACCCUAAAGCUCACCUGAUUCAGACAGUUUUUCUUGCCUAUGUGCAAGACAACAUUUGCCCUCUAAUAGAGGAUAAUGGCACGCAUCCUGUCUUACACACCAUGUCAGAAAAGGAGCCAAAGGAAAGACAUCUCUGUGACACUGCCUCUUCAUAUGGCCUUAAUAGUCAACAUGUGCAAGAUUAUGUGCUUAGUUCACUGAUUAAAAAGGACUUCAGUGUCCCGUUGAUGUGGUAAGGAUUUAGUCCCAGUAAGAAGUGCGAAUGACCGUACCACUAUUAGCCUAGAUGUACUAAUAGAAUGUUACAUGUAAAUCCAAACCAGUUUGUACACUCUACAAUGCAAACUAGAUUGUACACGCUAAAGUGCAACCUUGUACAAUCUACAAUGCAAACUGAACUGUUUCUGAUACGUGUCUGUACAGAUGUCUCUACGGUCAUUGUAGUAAUUUAAUGUGCGUGCCUGUUACCAGGUCAGAUAGAUAAAAACUGCCAUUCAGAAUCACAGUACCGAGAUUACAUUUAUGUAAUUGAGUUUGUAUUUCAUUAACCACAAUUUAUAUAAAACACAUGCUAGAAAGUCUAAAUAAUCAGAUCUAGCUGUCCAGUAGGCUGUAAAGUACAAGCCGUUCCAGCAGGGGUCAGAGUUUUCCUGUGUUACUGUAGAAAUGAAGUUACUGAGCUUUUUUCACUAAUUUUUCCCUUAUAGUGUUCAUGAUAAAUACUGUAUCUGCCAACUAGUAUUAAUAUAUUCUUAUUUCCACCUAAUGUGCCAGUUUGUUCAGCCUGGUAGCUAAUGGGAGCUUAGCAUACAGUUCACAUGAAGUAGACGUCUUGUCUAGUCAGUCGCUAUUCCUUCUGUUUAGUGUAGUCAGUUGCUAUGCAACUACCAAAUGCAGAUGCACCCUUUUCCUAUGUUGUAGACAAUCAAGGUUCAGGCUGUCAUUCAGGGUACAGCUAAGGAUACAAGGUUAUACGUUUCCUUUAAAAAGCCUUUUAACAUCAGCGUCAUAAAGUGUUACGGCAUAUCAGAGAUGAUAACCUUGUUAUGCAUGAAAUAUCAGAUAUUUGAAUCAGUGGUUUAUUUUUGUAUAAUUUUGAAUCAAGAUUUUUAUAGCAACAAUGCAACAUUCUUGCGCUUGCAACCAUCUGGAGACGUAAGGAGCUCGUGAAGCACCCGAAACCCCACGUGAUGUGGCCAGAUUUAUGGUACAUGCUCAUGUUUUUAACAUCUGGAUGAAUCAUAUACUAAUUUUUCAACUUCCUCCUGAAUAUUUAUGAGUGCUUUUAAACUUAUGCGCCAAGAAUAUCUGAGGUUUCACGCACGUAUUUGUUUUGUAAACAUACCCGUUUGUACACCGUCAAAAACCACUUAAUUCUAAAGACUGUGAAUCGUGUUUUGUUUUUUUGUUCUUCCCCCUGUAGGGGAGGCUUCAUUAAGAAUGCAUGGCAAACAGUUUACACUCAACGUAUCAACCAUGUGGCCUUGAGUUUUUACAGUUCUUAAAAAACAAAAACAAAAACAAAAAAACAAUUUUGCACAAAUCGUUUGU